AUGUCAUUUUCUAAUUCGAACAUUAGUGAUUACGAAGAAUCAAUGACUGAAAGCGAUAACAAUUAUAACGAGGUAAAACCGGGGACCACAAAAAAACAAAAUAAAACAAAAAGAGAUGUGAAAUUGAAAAAAAAUAUGUGCAAAACAAAAGUUAAAAAAAAUAUUUCAUAUCUGGAUAGUAUUGGUCCUUUAAUUAAAGAUGUGAAAGUAAAUAAUGAACUUAUUAAUUCGAUGAUGGUGAAACAAAGUGAUGAAAUAGUAAACAUAAAAUUACCAUUUGAUAACGAAGUAUGUAUAGUGAUUACUGGACAAUAA